AUGGAUGUACACAAUGCAUUCCUUCAUGGUGAUCUUGAUGAGGAGGUUUACAUGAAAUUGCCCCCCGGGUUCGAGUGUUCGGAUCCUAAUUUGGUUUGUCGACUUAGAAAAUCUUUAUAUGGGUUGAAACAAGCACCUCGUUGUUGGUUUGCAAAGCUAGUUACGACUUUGAAAGGGUAUGAUUUUCUUCAAUCUUAUUUUGAUUAUUCCUUGCUUACUUACACCAAGGAUGGAGUGCAACUUAAUGUGUUGGUGUAUGUUGAUGAUUUGAUUGUUUCCGGCAACAAUUCCGCUGCGUUACAAGCUUUUAAGGCCUACUUGAGUGAUUGGUUUUGUAUGAAAGAUCUUGGUACGCUUAAGUACUUCCUUGGUAUCGAGGUCGCUCGCAGUUCAUUUGGUUUUCUUCUGUGUCAACGCAAGUAUACUCUUGACAUCAUUACGGAGGCUGGCCUUUUAGGAGCCAAACCGGCAGAUUUUCCUAUUGAGCAGAAUCAUAAGCUCGGCCUCGCUACAGGUGCUAAACUUUCUGAUCCGGAACCGUAUCGACAUCUUGUAGGCCGUCUUGUAUACUUGUCUUUCGUGCGCCCUAACUUGGCUUAUUCGGUUCAUAUUUUAUCUCAAUUUAUGCAAGAUCCUAGAUGCGAGCACUGGGAGGCAGCUCUCCGCGUUGUGAGAUAUUUAAAAGGCACUCCGGGUCAAGGCAUUUCAUUGCGAGCAGACAGUGACUUAUCGUUACAAGGGUGGUGCGAUUCGGACUGGGCCGCAUGUCCUCUCACACGUCGGUCAUUGACAGGUUGGCUCGUCUUUCUCGGACAAUCACCUAUUUCAUGGAAAACGAAAAAGCAACACACCGUCUCCAAGUCUUCAGCUGAGGUGAAAUAUCGUUCUAUGGCGGCCAUCACUUGUGAACUGAAGUGGCUCAAAGGUGUUAACCGAGAUUUUCGGCAACUAUAUUAA